UAUUCAAGAUGAAAUAUGAAUGCAGUGUUUGUUUUAAGGUGGCUGAUAGAGACUUCUAUUGAUUGUGGUUUAUGGGGAGUGAGUUGCUUGCUUAGCAGCCAUGAUGAUGUCACUAACUUCUUACAUCAUAGUGAGGCUAUUACGCUGUGUAGACAGUUGUUGAAGAAGAAAGAUGAUUGUGGAGUCAAUAUGGUUAAAGAAGUCUUACUAUCUCUACUGAGACAUGCAGUAAAUACGCAGACUGUAGACAAAGUCAAAGACAUGGUACAGCUCUGUAGUGAAUAUAAAGACGUCUGCAGUGUUCUCAUUCCAUGGUUAUGUGAACAUCUACGUGACAUUGCGCGUACAAAGACAGUUCACUCCGAAUCGCUGUUCUGCGCWUCAGAAGAAAUGUUCAGAUGCUACAAGGAGAGACUAUUUCAGACAAUCAUUGAAAAUCAGAGACUCACKAAUCUCGAUGGUAAUAUGGGACUGAGGCAGCUUUUUGCUGAAGAAUCUGAGGACGAAACUGAAGAACAAUGUAAACCAUGUCCAUUUCCUAACCCUUACAUGACAAGUCAUCCACAUCCCUUCAUUGAACUCUCAUUUGAACUUGGUAUGAUGGGUUUGAAUAGCUUGUCAAAUGGAGAUGUGAAUUUCAAAAGAAGUGGCUAUAUGAGGCGUCAUGAAGGACAGAGAUCAAAGAGAGGGCAUUUAAAGCAGCUCUGUGAUCUAGUGUGUUACAUAACUAACCGCAAAUGGCUACACCAGUCACAAGAAGAACACAAAGACAUGCCCUCUCUUUCUGAUUGCUUGUAAACUGCAAGAAGCUAAAGACCCCGUACAGUUUGAUGACAACCCUGAAUUGAAAAAGGAAAUACUACGAAAUGUUGUCCAGGAAGUGCCACACCUUCGCUUGCUAUUGGACAGAAUCGAGACCAAGUUUAAAAAUCUUUUGCUUGGCUCCAAGAUGAAAGAUAUUGUUAGGAGUGUAAAGAGAGGWAGACGAUCGUCACCCAGAGAACUGCGCGCAGACUUGGAGUAUUGCAAAAUCGAUGACAGUACUCUCAGAGAUACUCUGCUUCAAGCCAAGGUUGUCCACGAGGUCAGUGAUCCAUCAGGAUYAUCGUUCGAGAAACUCGUCCAUGACAUAGAGAACUUACAUAAAGACCUUAAAUCUGUCUUGGAUGGAAUUGUAUCGGGAGAAGAGUCGCCUCGUCCAACAGAUAAUGAAAUUUUCCUCAAUCCAUUCUUUUUGUGGCCUUUUAUUGGCCAGGAAUAUGCUAGAAGGCAUUCUUUAGAAGAUUUUCUCAAUUAGUUCACCAAUAGGACUAUGUUGAUACAACUAACUAGCGAACCAAMGGUAUCAGCACACUUUAGUACGUUUGUCAAAGUUUUAGCAUUUCUAAGUUGCUCUUACGAGGGAAUGGUGCGAGGGAAUGGCGUAUAGCAACUGCAUAAAUAAAGCCAUUUUCAAUACUAGUUUGAAACUUUAGAAUAGACCCCUUGCACUUCGUGGGAAUGCAAUUCCAACUGGAGGACAAAUGAAUAGAUUCUAGUUCCCAAGAGGGCAAACA